CACCACUCCUUCACAACACUCGACAAGAGUGCCCAAUAGCUACCAUGGAGUCCAUGGAGACCAAGCUCCUCAAUAAAUACAAUAUUCCUACUCUUUUCCCUGCACAAUGGCCAGAAGAGAAAGAUAGGAGCUCCGACGAGGAGGAAGACGAAGCCCCACGCACCGCCGCCGUUCAACCCCUCCGCCGUUCAAACACCAAAUCGCGAUAUUCCGUACUGGAAAAUACUCGAACGUAUUCAAGGCAGCUUCCGGGUGCUGAAAAGAACCAAGAUGGCGUGGAGAAUCUCGUACAGAAAGACGAGGCCGAUCCCUUGGGCACCUAUCCCAGCGUUGUCCACGUCCUACGACAGAGGGGAUUGCCUGUCGAGGAGGACAUCAAGCUACGGAAUCGGUUCCUCCUCAGUUCUACGUCCUUCUCGCCGUCACUCUUCUUGUCACAGGUUCACAGUUCUGCAUCUACAGAUUCCUUGCUCGCCGGUCUCGACUUCCUCUCUCGCUCGAUCGAACAAAAGUCCGCCUCUCUUAAGGUCCUCGUGGAGUCGAACUUCGAGCGCUUCGUAAGCGCAAAGUCUACAAUUGAUAGGGUAUACAAUGAGAUGAGGGAUACGGGCCGUGAGCCUGAAAACCCUGGGCUUCGGCGCCCAAGCCAUGGUCGUGGAGCUAGUCGCGCGAGCUUCUCUUCUCGUAAACCGAGUGGUCCUCUCAGUCCGAGCGCGAUGAUAGGAACAAAUCUGGGCGAUAUACCGAGCGAGAAGAAAAAGAAGAACGCAUUGACUAAGGAGUGCGAGUACGGCGUACAUGGUAUCAAGGUCCCAUUGACCGAGGUUGCGGUCAAGGCGGAGGAGGUUUGGGGCCCCGCGUUGAAUGGACGAGAAAAGGAGGAGACACUCAAAUCUAUCCUGGGAUCGGUCGAGAAGAACCGUAGCCUCUUCGAAGUCGGAUCCACCAUCCAGGAUGCGAUUCGUCGCAAAGAUCAUGAUACAAUUAUUGAGGAGUACACAAGGGCAAGAAAGUUUGCGGAGGAUGCACGUUACGAUGUGGAGCAGGCGACGUACAACAAGACCCCUCUUUCAGAUGUCCAAGUUCAUCAGAUCAUCGUCACCGCACGUAUGUGGAAUGAUGUCGAGACACAGAUUGAGUCAUUCAAGCGGGAUUGUUGGAAGCGUCUUGCGUCGACUCAUUUUACCAAAGAGCAGGCUGGAAGCGAACAAGCCAAGUCGGAGCAAUACAUGGAGAUGAUCUCAAUCAUGCUUGAAUUGGGUGUGGAAGACAAUCCCAUUUGGAUAUGGCUCCUGUCACGAUACGACUACUUGAAGUCGCGCAUAAUAGCGACGUGUGAGAGAUCGAAAGUGGAGCUUGAGAUCCUUCGUCGUCAUCUCUCGAACACGAGUAAACCUGGGUUGCGGACGCUGUCAAAGCAUUUCCGUGCCAUUCCGGUCGAUUCAAAUGCUGCUGUAGAGCCAGCGAAAUUAGACUCCGCGAAAGUUAUCGAAUUCUGGGAGCAAGCCAACUCUUCCAUGACGAAUCUGCUCUCCUCAAAUGGUGGCCUCCUAGGAGAAGUUGUGGAGUAUUGGGACAUUGCACAGUCUUUCAUCAGUGGUCGUGCUCAGCGCACAAUGCCCAUGGGUUUCAACAAUCAGUCCUCGGUGCAUCACAAAUUAUCUUCUUCCAACGUCAUCGAGCUAGAGAAGGGUACCACUGAACUCUCCAAUCUCAUACGCGAACAUAUAUUCUCCGUCUUUGCGGACCCGCCUAUUGAAGAUAUCUCGUUGCUCUUCUCUCCAGCUCCAACCGAUCCUGAACCGGCCACACCUCGUACCCCUCUGAGUGCAGCACUUAGCCCUACCUCUUCUACUCGGUUUCGCUUCGAUCCCGCAAAUAUUCCACCCCCGUCACCGAGCCGCGGAGAGACUUGGGAGAAGUACGCUUUCUGGCCUCCAAAUUCGAACGCACUUUCAGGAUCCCAUUACCUUGCUAAGACACUUCUUCUCAUUGGCACAGCUGCUAACGAAAUGGCUUCUCUUCGACUACCCGAAACUAAUAACUCUGCUGGCCUGGGAGAUGCAUUGCGCGCCCUGGUCGGUGCUGUUCGUGAGCGCUGCGUGCAAGCAGUGUGCGUGGCUUGGAACACUGACGCCGAGAGUCUCAAAGUACUGGAAGAUUGGACCCGGGACCCAGAUCGAAAAGACAUCACAAACAUGCCAUCUCGGUUCCUUGCAGUGCAGAGCUUUCUCUUGACCAAUUUGCAGAAAAUCAUGUACGUCAGCGGCAGUGAGGGUGGUAGCAAAACAGCUGUCGACGUUGUUGUGCCCCCGAGUAACAAGUUGCUGCAAAUGGUGAGGAGUCAAUUCGUCACAAGUCUGUAUCGUACUUUGAGUGGGAUGGUAGAAUGCGCAGAGAAGGGACGCCGAGCGCUGGGUAAAGAGUUCGAAAUCAAGGGCGAUGAUUUAACAAUCGAUGAGAGCCAAAUUGGUGAAGAUGUGGAUGGCUGGGGCAAGGUUGAUGCCGACAAGCAGCCAAUCCGCCUGCUUUUGACGCUGUCAAACAUGACCACUCUCGCAAAUACCACAGCACCUCAACUCCUCAAUCACUUCGAGACUCUGUUCUCUGUCGCCCUUACGGAUGAGAGCAAUCGUAUCAGGGAUGUUCUUUCCCAGCUUGACCUACAGCUCUUCAAAUCCUAUACCAAGCCGCACAUUGCCGCGAUCAACAACACUAUCCAGACUGGUAUCUUCGCACCAAACUGGGCAGCACCACCGGCACGACAAACAAGCUCGGUCGCUGACCGGGAUCCAUCUCCAUACGUCUUCAGUGCACUGCUCUCUCUAGUCAUUGUGCACACGGAGGUGUCCACCACCUCUCCUCCCCUUGUUCCCCGCAUCCUCCGCUCUCUCUUCGAAUCAUCGACAGAAACCCUCAUUGCCACGUUUUCAUCCCUCCCUCACUGUAACCUGGACAUGUUGAUGCAAGCCACACUCGACGUCGAGUUCAUGGCUCAGACGCUCUCCGCAUACACAACGGAGAAGGCAUCGCAAGUCCAGACAGACAUCUACCAAGUUCUUGACCAAAAGACGGAUAACGCUGCACGUGUGAGGCUGCAAGAAGAACUAGGCAAUCUGAGAGGGGUGUUGAAGAGGUUGAGGGAGGGCACUAGGACAGAGUUCUUGUGCUUUAGAAGGAGUAAAAGGGGCAAUGAGGCAGGUCAGAGGUAAUGGCAAAGAUUAGAACAGAACGACGGUUUUAGUUGAGUUGAUAGUGUUGUGGUGUUGUUAGUCUUUGAGCGAGUGCGAAUCUGAAUGUGAAUACUUUUAUCUACCAC